CUGCCUCCUCUAUCUCCCUCUGCCUGGUGGAGCUGAAGGUCCCUCUCUCUCAGACGUGACUCCAGGUCUAUAUUUAACCCACAGGUCCCCUCCCACCCACUUUCACACAUACUCGACAUAUUGAGGCGGCUGAGAGACGACUAGCAGGAUGGAGAAAGAGGCUCCGCCGCGCCGCUCUGUGGCCGAACUCGCAGGAAAAUUCAAAGGCCCGGCUCCUCAGCCAAACAGCCCUGCUGGGAACCAAGAGGAUAAGCCAGUGAGGAGACGACCGCCUCGAACCCUGCCGCUCCCAAACACAGACGAGGCGCAGCCUCCUUCAGGCGUCACGUCUCCUUCCAAAGUCAAGAGGAACUCUGCUCUGAUCGAGAAGCUCCAGGCCAACCUGACUCUGGGCUCCCCCACUGCGGUGCCUCUGAAGAGCCCAUGUAGAAAGCUACCUCCCGGCUUCACCCUGCCCUCGCCUGGCUCUGCCCCUCCUCUUUCUAUAGUGACGCCCACAAGCCCCGCCCCCAUCUCUCCGUCAACAGAAAUUCCCACCUCCUUUGAAGCCCCUCCCUCUGCCGGAGAAGGAAACAUCUUGCCAAGCAUCAACAAGGGCAGAGCCCGACUCUCCAUCCGGCGCCGUCCUCCAUCCCGUCGUCACCGCAAGUCCAGCAGUGGUGACGAUAUGGGUGUUGGACAGGAUGCAGCAGAAACACACCUGAGCUCCAGAGACGGGGGGGAGGAGAAGACCGCUGCCGAAGAGGGGGGCGAGGAGGACGAGGGUGGAGAGGUGUUUAAGAAGGAAGGUCCAACAGAACCUUCGGCACCACCGGAGCCAAAAGAAGCUCAAGAGAUGAAGAGCAACACAGAUGUGAAGGAGGGAGAGGAGGAGAAGAAGGAGGAGGAGAGAGGUCCAUCUUCAUCACAGCAGGGGGAGGAAGAGGAGGAGAAGAAGGAGGAAGAGAAACAACAGGAAAGCCCCAGCAAUGAAAAAAGGAGAAAAGAGGAAGAGGAGGAGAACGAGAGUUCGUCCCGAUGAGGAAUCAGACUUUUGGCCAAGUCAGAGCGAGGUCACCGUGACUUUGAGCCCUUGGGGUGCAGAGAGGGAGAAGCCUGCUGAAGGAAGAUGGCUGCCGACGCCGGAGAGCAGAGACUCAGACAGGAAACAUUUCCUGAAGUUCAGCUUUGAACGAAGCCUCAGAAGCAGCUGAUGUGUUUUUCCUAACCUAAGCUUUUCCACACCGCGGCGCUGCAUUUGAUCCUUUUGUAAGAAGAGCGUGUGAAAUCUGUCUUUUUGUAAUGUCUUCCUGCUGGUUGGUGCCUAUGAUUUAUAACAAUCAGAGACUUUAUCGGUGUUCAGAGCUGUGAAAGCAUAUUCUAGGCAUUUUUUUUCUGAAAUAUUGAAUAAAAUUACUUUUUACAAAUA